AUGAUUGGAUGCAAAGUUGCGCCUUUGACAAAUGAAAGAACAUUUGAAAAUAGAAAUAACGAAUUCGGAAAGCAGCUUCUCACCCAACAAACUACAGAAUGGGCUGCUCAUUAUAUUAAUUAUAAAGCAUUGAAAAAAAUCAUAAAUAGCUUACCCAGUGCUUACAAAAAUAACGAACGAUCCUUACCACCAACUCCUGCAAUCACUAUUACUCUUGGUACUCGAGCUCAUGUAAAUAAUGAUCUUCCACAAGCUGCCGACCAUUUACAACAGCAAAAAGCUGCUUUCUUUUUUAAACUUGAACGUGAAUUAGAAAAGAUCAACUCCUUCUACGUGCAAAAAGAAAAGGAAUUCAAUGUUAGAUUACGAACCUUACUCGACAAAAAAAGAAUUUUAUUAGGCGGCGAAAGAAAAUUAUCAUCUAAUUCUACAUCCUUGCUAACUUUGACAGAAGCAUUUCAGCAAUUUCAACAAGAUUUAAACAAGUUACAGCAAUUUGUAGAGAUAAAUGGUACCGGUUUCAGAAAAAUACUAAAAAAAUGGGAUAAACGAUCUAAAUCCAGCACAAAAGAACUUUAUCUUGCACGUCAGGUUGAAAUUCAACCAUGCUUCAAUAGAGAAUUUAUGUCUUACUUGGUGGAUAACGUCGAUAAUAUUUUACUGGAGCUACAAAAUCACUCACAAGGUUUGACCACUACUCCGUCAUCUCGAUCGACUUCCCCUGGGCGUCGAUUGUCUGUUGGAGAAUUAUCUGCUGAACCUGAUGUGAUGGAUGAUCUUGAAACAGAGCUUUUUAUGGCAAUAAUGAAAGAUGCUACAUCAACUGUCCAGGAAAUUUUAGGAAGAAUUCUACAUCAUCAAAUUGAAGAAGACAAAGAUAUUUUGUCACGAGUAUUUUGGCGAGUGUGUUCGGAAAAGAGUUCUUCAAUUGAUUCCAUACAAUGUUUGGUAAACACUAAUAUGGUUAAUUUUAAGUAUUUUGACGAUAUUAGUGAUCGAACUUGUUUACAUGAAGCUGCAAUUGUUGGGCGAUUACCGCUCAUUAAGCUUUGUGUUGAUAAAGGUGCUAAAGUAGAUUGUUCCGAUGUUUAUAGUCGUAGACCUCUACAUUACGUUUGUAUGUACGGAUAUAGUGACGCUGCUACCUAUCUUUUAUCACAGAAAGCAGACUGUGAAAGUUUAGAUCAUGAUGGUUUUAGUCCCUUAAUUUAUGCUGUCACGAAUGGUCAUACAAAAUGUGUAGAAAUUUUACUUGAAGUGGGAGCUCGAAUAGAACCACAAGGGGAGGAUGGUCAUAGUCGCAUACCCUUGUCUUUGGCAUGUGAAUAUGGUCACGAAAACGUUGCCAUGUUACUAUUGGAAAAAGGUGCACAGAUUAUAUUAGAUGCGGAGGGCCUUUCCCCCUUACAUUUAGCAGCCCGUGAAGGACAUCAUAAAUUGCUAAAAAUUCUGACAGAACAAGGAGGCGCUUUAUUGGAGACACCCGAUAAAUAUAAAGGAUGGACACCUAUUUUUUAUGCUGCAAGCGAAGGAAACAUAGAAUGCGUCGACAUUUUAAUUCAAGCAAAUUGUAAAGUUGAUAUAUCAGACGAAUUAGGUCAUUCACCUAUAUAUUAUGCAGCGUGGGAAGGCCACAUAGAGUGUAUUAAUAAAUUACGUGAAGCCGGUGGACGCGUUGAGAUGAAAGAUGAGCAACCAACUUUAAUAAUCACAAACGGUCACGUAGAAGGGGAUAUUGAUAUGGAUAAUAAUAUGGAAACUAGUCUAGACUCAAUACCUUCGUUGUCACUACCACCUCCGAUUAUACCUCUUCGUAUCUAUGGACAUAAUUACCUGGAUAAAAAAUAUCAUAUUCAAUUAACACUUGGGCAUCUAUCAACUAAACCUCAAAGGCCUCCCGUACAUCUAUAUGGAAACAGUCAAAUUUCAUCAUUGAAACUUAUUAUGUCCUCCAAACCUGACACAGGAAUAAUUCCUCAUAACAUAAUAUUACCAUUGGGAGAUGAUAGAGAAGUUUUCUCUUUUCAAACAGAUACCCUUAACAAAUUUUCACUGGAGUUUGAUAUCUUUCCUACUUUCGGAUCAAAAGUUAUUGGUAAAGGAGUUGCAUUACCACACGUAUUUAAUUUUACCAACGGUCGUGAAAGAAGAAAUAGUUUAGUUACCGAAGGGACGGGUGGAAAAUGCAUUUGUCCUUUAUUCGACACACAUCUUAAAGUCGUUGGAGAAUUAUCAUUUGAAUUUGCAGUUGUGAAACCAUUUCAAGGUGUACAACUUGAAAUUGGAGGACAAGUAGAAACAUAUUGGAAAUCUACCAACACAGUAUCACUCCCUGGAUCCGUUAGUGAUCAACCUUCAAUGAAUACUGGAGGAGUUAAUAAUAAUAGAAAUAUAUCAUCAUUCAUUACUGCUUCAUCACUUUCGGGUGAAUAUAUCCAGGUCGUAGUACAAGUGACUAGAGAUAUGGUUGCCGUUGUAUAUCCAGAAUGGAUGUUGCCAAUAGAUGGAUUCGAUCUGAGCGUGUCUGACGUUACGGUUAAACAAUUUAAGUCAUUAAAAAUUAGGUCACAAGAGGAGCUAGAUUUUAAUAAUACAGCCAACCUUGCGGAAUUACAAAAAAAAAUUCACCAAUCACAUCUUUCAUUAGAGGAAGUCUUGAAGAAAUUGCCACCAUCUAUUGGAGUCAAUCUCGAGAUAAAAUAUCCUACCGUGUUUGAAAUGUCACGAUAUUGGUUCUCUGAUAUUUCUGAUAUCAACACUUACGUAGAUACAAUUCUUCAAACCAUAUACGAUUAUGCGCAAAGUCACACGACUAGUAACGGAAGUGGUAAACCACCUUCUAACCGACCCGUAAUGUUUUCAUCAUUUAAUCCAGCGAUUUGUACUGCUUUAAAUUGGAAACAGCCAAACUACGCGGUGUUUUUCAACUCACAUUGUGGGUUCGACAAUAAUCAUGGUAGAAAGCGUAAAGAGCAAGAGGAUUGCGCGACAUACGAAGAAGAAAUUGAGCAAGACAAGCGCUGUACAUCAAUCAAAGAAGCAGUAAAAUUUGCAAAGAUGAAUAAUCUUCUGGGUGUCAUUUUUGAGGCCACGUUAUUGGUCCAUGUUCCAUCAUUAAUAACUAAUGUUAAGCAAGCUGGAUUAAUAUUAACUACGUUUGGAUCAGCAAAUAAUGAUCCUCAUAACAUUCUGAUCCAAGAAAAAUACGGGGUUGAUGCUAUGGUGGUUGAUGGCGUCAUCAAAUACAAUGCACGAUAA